AUGAUAAAACGCAUUUUUCGUUUAAGAAAAAUAGUAUCGGCAAACCUAAUACGAGAUGUGCCAACCAAUCGCAAGAUAAGUACGAUUACCACUACUUUAAGCGAUCGACUGUUGGAUUCGGUGAAGGAAUCGGUCGACAACUUUAUGGCCACAGAUUACGUCCAGAAUAUACUAAUGACGGGAGAGAUGACUGAAUACAACAUACAGUACGCGAAAAUUCACUGGAAGAGAUCCAAAGACAUCAUUGGAGGCGAACGACUAGUAGACAAAAAGGCCUACAGUCUAUCGCCCACUGAAUAUGAUAAUCAAACUAUGGCUGAAUUGUGUCGAGUAUUGCCUGUAGUAAUAGCGCAAUAUUAUGACGGAUUUGAGCAACUAUUGGGAGGCAUUGGCCCAGAGAUCACGUCGUUGGCAAUGGAUGAGUCAAUGAUCGACUAUAACAUAAUGUUUUACACGGAAAUGAAGCAUGGUUCAUUUGUGCGGCUAAUCGCCAGCCAAUUGGUUUCCGUUUGGUUUAUAGAUGAGAUGUACGAGUACUUGAAACUUCAGUCCCAAUACGCGCCCACCCCGUUGUCCAACUAUCUCCUGUAUCUGGACUUUGAUAAUAAGGCGCUAUUGACUGUAUUGAGGAGUUUAAUCGAUCCCAAAGCUGGCGAUAUAUCGGCUGAAGAGGAGACACAACUCAUUCAAUUGGUUAAGGAAGUGAAUGACGUGGAGAUCAAUAGGAUUACCACUACUUUAAGCGAUCGACUGUUGGAUUCGGUGAAGGAAUCGGUUGACAACUUUAUGGCCACAGAUUACGUCCAGAAUAUACUAAUGACGGGAGAGAUGACUGAAUACAACAUACAGUACGCGAAGAUUCACUGGAAGAGAUCCAAAGACAUCAUUGGAGGCGAUAAUAUAUUUGGGAGUGUGGCGCAAUACUGGUUUUUCAUAGUCUGGACUUUGAAAUGUGCCUCACAUUGCAUUCCCGGGACAGAGGAUGGGAUUUCGAUUCCCAGUAAUACUACUCCUUGUCUUAUCGGAGAAUCCGAAGAAUUUCCAAGCCUAUGUAAAGAACAGCACCAAUUGGUUAGUGUAUAUACAGAUGAUUGUAACGGUGUAUUUGAAGUGGACAAAAAGGCCUACAGUAUAUCGCCCACUGAAUAUGAUAAUCAAACUAUGACUGAAUUGUGUCGAGUAUUGCCUGUAGUAAUAGCGCAAUAUUAUGAAGAAUUUGAGCAAUUAUUGGGAGGCAUUGGCCCAGAGAUCACGUCUAAGGCAAUGGACGAAUCAAUGAUCGACUAUAACAUAAUGAUUUACACGGAAAUGAAGCAUGGUUCAUUUGUGCGGCUAAUCGCCAGCCAAUUGGUUUCCGUUUGGUUUAUAGAUGAGAUGUACGAGUACUUGAAACUUCAGUCCCAAUACGCGCCCACCCCGUUGUCCAACUAUCUCCUGUAUCUGGACUUUGAUAAUAAGGCGCUAUUGACUGUAUUGAGGAGUUUAAUCGAUCCCAAAGCUGGCGAUAUAUCCACUGAAGAGGAGACACAACUCAUUCAAUUGGUUAAAGAAGUAAAUGACGUGGAGAUUAAGCAUCAUAUUAAGGAAGGCCUGUCGCAAGUGAUACGUGUAGACCACCGGAGCGACGCCAUCGAGUUUGACUACACGUGCGGACCCAUUCCGAUGGCCGACGGUAACGGCAAAGAGCUGGUGUUUUGGUGGCAGACAAACCUGACUACUGGUGGCGUGUUUUACACCGAUAGUAAUGGACGACAAACGAUGCGUCGCCGCCGCGACUAUCGGCCCACAUAUAACCUGACGGUUACUCAGCGCCAUAAGGGACGAGGCGGCCGGCUUGCAAUUGCAUAUACGGCAUUGUAUAACCCGCUGCCCCGUAAUAUACAUUUGCUAACACUAGAGCGAUGGGCGAAUCGGACCCUAUUGUUACGGUUGGAGCACUUUUACCAGUGGAAUGAGUCGCGCGAGUGGUCAACACCCGUGAGGGUUGAGCUCCGGGAUGUGUUCCGCGAGUUUGUGGUGUACGACGUGAAGGAGACCACUUUGAGCGCCGCCGAGAAUAUACUGGCCGUACGGCGGCUCCGAUUCUCAGAAACUAAUACCAAUAAACGAUUUGAGCCCAAACGCCAUGAGCUAAACACUACGGAUCUGUCGGUCAUUAUUAACCCGAUGGAAAUUCGCACGUUUAUUAUUAAAACUAAGCCUAGAUAG